CGUUUUUCCCUCAUUGUUCUAACCGAUCAGCCAAGAAAAAAAACGAGGAAGCCUCGAUUGUAACGUGAAUCGCCCCUUCCCGCCGAUAUCCGCAGUGCCGGCCAUCAUGUCCCCCCCUGCUUUUUUCCCCUCAACGUGCUGAGGUCCGCACCGCCCGCUGUAGGCAGCCAUCUUGUCCGGAGCCUGGAGAACCGGACCGGCUCUGACCGGGAGCUACGGAUCGAGGCUAGACCGGGUCCGGGGGGUGGGAUAAGGGUUUCGGGGCGGUCGCCCCUCCCCUGAGAUCAGAGUUGUAGAUGCCAUCGCAUAUGGCUUACUGCGCCCAUCAUUGACAGCGCACUGAGAACACCGCAGGAGCUAGCGCCAUCUAGCGCACAGUCACAUCGCUGCGGCCGGACCGGAAGACUAGGGAAGAACAUGAGAGCCUGGUAGCUGGGGCCAAUGGCCCCGGAGGGGGAUCCCGGUGUCUAGAUCUGUGCCAAGCAGCCCCCGGGGGGGUCCCCGCUGAGCUUCCCGAGGAGAGAUCCGCGAUCAUGGCCUCCAACUGCAGCAGCAGCAUCGCGGUGGCUGGCAGCGCCAGCAAGACCAAGACCAAGAAGAAGCAUUUUGUGUGUCAGAAAGUGAAGCUCUUCCGAGCCAGCGAGCCCCUCCUGAGUGUGCUCAUGUGGGGGGUCAACCACACGAUCAAUGAGCUGAGUAAUGUCCCAGUCCCGGUCAUGCUGAUGCCAGACGACUUUAAAGCCUACAGCAAGAUCAAAGUGGAUAACCACCUAUUCAACAAAGAGAACCUGCCAAGCCGCUUUAAAUUUAAGGAAUAUUGUCCCAUGGUCUUCCGGAAUCUGCGAGAGAGAUUUGGUAUCGAUGACCAGGAUUACCAGAACUCUUUGACCCGCAGCGCCCCUGUGAACAGUGAGAACCAGGGACGCUUUGGAUCGCGAUUUCUCAUCACAUUUGACCGUCGAUUUGUCAUCAAGACGAUAUCAGGUGAAGAUGUGGCCGAGAUGCACAAUAUUCUGAAGAAAUACCACCAGUUUAUUGUGGAGUGUCACGGUAACACUCUUCUCCCUCAGUUCCUUGGUAUGUACCGGCUUACAGUAGACGGAGUAGAGACCUACAUGGUGGUCACCAGGAACGUGUUUAGCCACCGUCUCGGAGUCCACCGCAAGUAUGACUUAAAAGGUUCUACUGUGUGCCGAGAAGCCAGUGACAAAGAAAAGGCGAAGGAUCUACCCACGUUAAAAGACAACGAUUUCUUGAAUGAAGGGCAGAAGUUGCAUGUGGGCGAGGAGAACAAGAAGAUUUUCCUUGAGAAGCUGAAAAGAGAUGUGGAGUUCCUCGCUAUACUUAAGAUCAUGGAUUACAGUCUCUUGGUCGGCUUACACGACGUGGACCGGGCAGAGCAGGAAGAGAUGGAAGUGGAAGAACGGGCGGAUGAAGAAGAGUGCGAAGAUGGCACUGGCAACCCCUUAUGUUCCUAUGGCACUCCCCCAGAUAGUCCAGGGAACCUGCUGAACUGCCCUCGCUUCUUUGGGCCUGGUGAAUUUGACCCGUCCGUGGAUGUUUAUGCAAUGAAGAGCCAUGACAAUGCCCCGAAGAAAGAAGUCUACUUUAUGGCAAUCAUUGAUAUCCUGACGCCAUACGAUGCCAAGAAGAAAGCCGCGCAUGCCGCUAAAACAGUCAAACAUGGGGCCGGAGCAGAAAUCUCCACGGUGAAUCCGGAGCAGUAUUCCAAACGCUUCAUCGAGUUUAUGUCCAACAUCCUUGCCUAGCUCUCUGCACUUUCCCAAUACGUGUGCCCAGAGAGAUUAGCCACAUGCUCCUG